AUGUCAGCAACGAUUUUGACAGCCUUUUCUCUCCAUGAAGUCCUCAUCCUCAGGGAAACAAAAAGUUAUCUAGAACUGAGAUAUAGACUCUCGCCGGCCCCCACCAAAUGCGGAGCAACCCGCGAACUCACACCGGUUUCUCUCCAUCCUCAGCCUGCGCGCCACCAUCGCCGUCAUGCUGGCGCCGCUCUCCGCCGCUGCGCGGUGACCGCAACCGCCCGGGCCGGCCCUCGAGGCCUCCUGCAUUCUGCCCCAACUCCCGGCCCCGCCGCGGGUAUCCAGUCAGUUCACUGCUAUUCCCAUGGGUCACACGAGACAGAUGAGGAGUUUGAUGCUCGCUGGGUAACAUACACCAACAAGCCAGAUACAGAUGCCUGGGAAUUGCAUAAAGGGAUGAACAACACACUUGUUAGCUAUGAUCUGGUUCCAGAGCCCAAAAUCAUUGAUGUUGCUUUGUGGGCAUGACGGUUAAACGAUUUUGCUAGUGCAGUUCGCAUCCUAGAGGUCGUUUAGGACAAAGCAGGACCUCAUAAGGAAAUCUACCCCUAUGUCAUCCAGGAACUUAGAUCAACUUUAAAUGAACUCGGAAUCUCCACUCCGGAGGAACUGGGCCUUGACAAAAUGUAAACUCCAUGGCUUCCCAAGGAUUUAUUGAUAUUGCUACUUGAGUGUAAACAGUUACCUGGAAAUACUGAUGAUAACAUAUUACCUUAUUUGAAAAAGUUUUCCUUUAUUAAGUACCAAGCCAUGUGAUGGUAACUUGGACUUUAAUAAAAGGGAAAUGA